CCGAUGCUAUUUUAAACCACUCUUCCUUAGAGUGCAGUGGAUUAACAAGCCAGUCUCAGGAAAGGCCUAAGUCACUAAUAAGAUUCAGUCAAGAGGCGAGUUUGAUAAACAUGAAAAGCAGACUCGGAGAGAAGUAGCCACCGGGUGCUAGCUCGGUGGUCUGAGCGCUGCUGCUCCCGGUGACAGGAGCUCUCUUCUGUGGGAUUGUUAGCACUGGCAGCGACCGGGGAGGGGGGGGGUGGGAGAAAGGACCAGCUUCAUUCAAGAAAAACACGAGCCAGGGUCCGAACCGGUGUGCCAGGAUGCCCCGGGGCACAGGGACGGAUGUGUGUGAUGGGAGUAAACAGCAGCUUAAAGUUGAAACAGUGAAGUACAAGUGGCAGGGUUUAGUCUCUGAAGCAGCAGAGCAACAGUAACAGUGUCCACGCUGCCUGUCCACAGCUUCCGGGGGUUUGUCUGGGAUGGAUCACAACAACCCAGAGAUACUGAAAGAUCCUUAUGGAGAGCCUGGUCUGACAGCAGACUGGGAGACUUCUGAGUCCUUCUGUCCAGAAAAGGAGCAGAGGAGGUGCCUGGGGACAGAGGACGUGGCUACUAAUGGGUCCUGGUCACAGAGGUCCAUCUCCCGUUCUCUGCAGCGAGCUGAGACUUUACUCAGGAGCACCUUUAAUCCCAGCCUGAAGUGGCUGUUCCACGGCCGCAGUCAAGAUGAGGACGCGGAAGAAGGAAAUUUUGUCGUUGCGCACAACCUGGUGUCCCGGUCCUCUGCACGUCUCCUGCAUCUGCAACAAGCUCUUCUGACUGUGGCGCCCCAGUGGCAGCAGGUCGGCGGCACACAGGUGGGGUCUCCCCAGGUCUGUGUCAAAGGCCUCCCAGCAGAGGGUGGUGUUCUCCUCCUGCCCUCCUCCUUCCUGCAGGGACACUACAGAACUCUGUGUAGACUCCUGGAGCAGCGGUCCCUGCUGCUCUUCGUACACGAGUACACCAGGAGGGCUCGUCUCGCGGCAGCGUACAUUUCCAGAGUGAGCCACCUGCUGGAGGACCAGCUGAAGAAAUCACAGCUGACACUUGACCAGACCCCAUCAAACUGGUCUUCAUUCAGGGUUGGUCUUGGCUCACUCAGCCAGGAGCUGCGGGUCCAUCUAAACCACUGGUCUUGUCUGUUCUCCAAAGUCCAGUCUGAUCAUUAUCUGAGGCUUGCUCUGGUCCAGCAAACCAGGCUGCUGCUGGAAAUCAGACAGACUCUGGACUCACUGGGUCUGCAGGCCCUGGUUUUGAUGGAACGGUAUGUGCAUGUCAUGCUGUCUGCUAUAGCCCGGACUGAAUUAGACGCUGUACCAAGAGAAGUCCUGGAGGAUAUUUUAGCCGGGACAGACGUGUAUAACCAGGCGGUGGAGGAGCAGCGAGCGCAGCACAGCACCGCCCAGCAGAGGGCUGCGGUCUUGCAUGGAGCACAUUAUCCCACUCUGGGUUCUGGUCUUCCAAACAGCCGAGAGCGUCACCCUGCCACUUUCUCUGUCAAAGAGCUGACAGUGAUUUUAGCAGCGCAUCACGCAGACAUGGCAGCCAAGCAGAUGCAGCGCUGGGCCUCUGCGCAGAGCUAUCAGAUCUGUCAAGUCCACCACAACACUGAGACCUGUUCUCUUAAUUCCUGUGAUCAGCUGCAGCACACCGACCUUAUUUCAUCUCCUGUAAACCAUCACCCCCGUUCUGCCACCACCUGCCCACCUGCUUUCAUCCCUGACCUCAUCCAUUUGGACUGUACCGUCUUGGAAAAUCACCAUCCUAUAUUAGUCAAGUCCACCUCUGUCCAACAUAACAAAGACCAAACCAGCCAGUGCCAAACCUACAUGUGCCAGACCAGUGCGGAAGCGUUGAACUCAGCCCGACCAGGUGGAGAAAGACAGAGCAGUUUAGAAAACUGUAACCCGCCACAGAGCGUUUCACCCCUUUCAAACUCCUCCCACCAUGUCUCAGUCCUGCCUCUGUCACAUGUUUGCCAACAGGAGUGCUCCUCGGUGGAGUUACUUUUUCAGGUGCUGGUUUCCUCCAGCGACCUGCUGGCUCCCCUGGUGUCGCACGCGUCGACGCCAGAGGCACCAACAGAACAACUGCUGCCAAAUACAGUAACAGAUCUGCUAUCACCCAACGGAAAGACCGACCCAUUGAUUUCAGCUGCUCCGAUCAUAAAUACGGCGGAUUCAGUGGAAUCGAACAACAGACUGAGAACAGAACCGAACAAGGACCGCGACCCGGACGGAACUCAGCCGGAAAUUACGAGCAGGGUAGAAGCCACUGGCAGCUCAGAUUUUCAGGAGAACGGAGACCCAAAGAAAGAGGACACCGCGGGAGCAGAGGAGUCCACAGUGGAGCCAGACCGCGUUCGCUGGCCUCACUCGGUCCAGUGGUUGGACCUUGGCCAGUCGCUGGUCUUUGCUGAUCUGUUUAGACAGUACCGCUCCCUGCUCUGGACUCUCUGCGGCAAAGCCUUGUGGCUGCAGAUGCUUGCACCACAAGCAGGGAACACCUCGGGAAGCGUCAACCUCCAAGACGACCACAGACGGUUCCAGAUCCUGCACCGGAUCAGUCAAGCCUCAAAGUCCGAUCUGGUUCCAAAGGAGUGCAGAGCCAUGCUGGAGGAUUUCAGUCUCAAUCUCUUAGUCCUUACAGCACAUGCUCAGUGGGACCAUGUGUUGUGCAGAAGUUUAGGUUCAGCUCUGAAAGACAAGUGUCUCACAGAUGGGACGCCAUCGUCAUCGAACCAAGAUGGAAGCGUGGUGAUUUCAGUGACCAUGGAGCACUUCCUGCUGCUGUCCCCUCCUCUCGUCUCAUCCCUGUGCUGCCAUCACUCAAACAGCAGGGCCUCAGGGCCUUUUAGCCUCCCCCCUGCCAGGCUCACUCUCCAGAGACGGACUCUUAGCUUGGCGUUGGCCACAGUGCAGCUGUCCACAGUCUGGGUCAUGUCCAAGGCUUACCAGUUCCUCUCAUCAUGGAGCCUCAACAAGUUCCUGCUUAUCACACAGGGGGACCUCAAAGCGAUGAGAGAGUCAUUAGAGACGAUGGUGCAUCAGACUAAGCCGCUGAUGGUGAACUCAGACGGUGACCAUCAUUCAGCUCUUCAUCACCACGGCCAGCGUCUGCUGAGGCGGCAACUGGAAGCACUUGACAGAACUGUGUCUGAGCUGCAGUCCUUCUCCUCUCUGGUGCUGAAGAUCUUCUCCAGUGACUGCAAGAGGAUGUCAGGGGAGAUCUUUGAACAGACCAUGCCUUCAUCUGUACACUGGAGACCCAGCCACAGGACAGGUUUUCCCAGCAGUCCCAGUGAGUACGCAUCUCUGGCAGCUCAGACUGUGAUCGGUCAGGUUUUAGAGAGCGUGGCACCGCUGUCCGACGACGCCCGUGUCCAAGCCCUGAGUAUAACAAUGACAGCUUUCUUGGAGGCGUGGAUGGAACACAUCCUGAAACAGAAGAUCAAAUUCAGUGUGCAGGGAGCCCUCCAGCUGAAGCAGGACUUUGAUUCUAUCAGGGAACUGAUCCAGUCGGACAAGUACGGCCUGUCAGCUGAACUCCACCAACGACUGCUCAGCCUUCGGGUCUUUCAACAAGUGGACUCAGCUGUGGUGUGUCUGCUCCAGCAGCCACAGGCCAAACCGUACCUGCAGUCCAGAGCCUGGGAGCCUUUCACACGCUGUUGUCCAGCCACCAGAAGCAGAGGCAGCACUGAUGCAGCAGUGGGGAGCAGUAUAACCAACCUGAGGUGUAUGGAGGACGAAGACCUGACUCAGACUGAUCCCUCUGUUGUGACCACUGAGCUCCCUCCGGUGGACCCAUCCACCCCCAGAGAACCCUACCUCGCUCCAAGUCUGGCUCUGGGUGCUGCUCAGCAGGAGUGGUUGGACCUGAGGAUCCACAGCAGCACUCGUCGUUGGAGGCUGCCGGGACUGCAGUGUCUCUCUAAGUCUGAACCCUGAGCACACACACACACACACUUCACAGCAGUCUCUCUGCUUUACAGGAAAUAUCCAGUAAAAACACCAAAACACUUUAUUUUUGUUGUACUUUAUUUAUAUGUAUAUUUUUGCUAAUGAGAACAACUUCAGAACAAUGUAAAAAUGUAUUUAUUAAUGAAUCUAAAAAAAAAAAAAAGGUUGUUUGCCUCAAACAUAUUUUCAUAUUCCUGAAUUAA